UAGGAGGACAAACUCAGUCUGCUGAGGGAGCUAAAUUAUGGCUACCAAUUCACCAUAUCUGAGCAUUUCUCUGGUAUUUCUAGCACUAUUAACAUCUGGAUCACUCAUAAUUGUCAGUCAUGCAUUCUCAAUAAAAGAAGCAACCAUAAGAGACAUCCACCUAGCUUUCAAGCUAAACAAACUCACAUCAAGGCAAUUAGUUGAGCUCUACCUUGGAGAAAUCCACAAGCUCAACCCCAAACUUAGAGGGGUCAUAGAGGUGAACCCAGAUGCAUUGAAGUUAGCUGAAAAGGCUGACCAAGAGCGUGAGGCUGGAGCUGCCAGGUCGAAGCUUGGUUUGCAUGGCAUUCCCAUUUUGCUCAAGGACAACAUAGCAACAAAAGAUAAGAUGAACACAACAGCUGGCUCAUUUGCACUGGUUGGCUCCGUCGUGCCACGGGAUGCAUUUGUGGUCACCAAGUUGAUUAAAGCUGGGGCUAUUAUUUUGGGAAAGGCUAGCAUGAGCGAGUGGGCUGCUUUUAGAUCAUUUGGUGGACCUCCCAAUGGCUGGUGUGCAAGAAGUGGGCAAGGAAAGAAUCCUUAUCUUCUUUCGGCAACACCUUGUGGGUCAAGUAGCGGAUCAGCAAUAUCAGUGGCAGCAAAUAUGGUAGCAGUGUCGCUAGGAACUGAGACUGAUGGAUCCAUUUUAUACCCAUCUAGUGCUAACUCACUUGUGGGAAUCAAACCAACAGUUGGUCUCACCAGCAGAGAUGGUGUCAUCCCAAUCUCUCCAAGACAGGACACUGUUGGGCCUAUUUGCCGAACAGUGGCAGAUGCAGUUUAUGUCCUUGAUGCCAUUGUAGGCUUUGAUCACAAUGAUAAAGCAACCAGAGAAGCAUCAAAGUACAUCCCUCAUGGUGGGUACAAACAGUUUCUUAAGCCUUAUGGACUGAAAGGCAAACGAUUGGGGAUAGUGAGGAAUACAUUAGGUAGCAUUGCAAACGAAACCCAAGUUGCAAAAGCUUUUGAAAACCAUAUCCAGACACUAAGACAACAAGGUGCAGUUUUAUUGGACAACCUGAAAAUAGACAGCAUCGAUGGUGAUGCAAGUGGUGAAACAUUAGCAUUAGCAGCCGAGUUCAAGCAGGCCUUGAAUGCAUACCUCAAGGGAUUAGUUGCUUCCCCAGUUCGGUCCCUGGCAGAUGUUAUAGAAUUCAACAAGAAAUUCUCAAAAUUGGAAAAGACAAAGGAAUAUGGGCAAUCUCUUUUUGAAUUUGCACAGACCAGAAACGGUAUUGACCAUAAAGUGAAAGCAGCAUUGUUAAACUUGACAAAACUCUCCAGAGAUGGUUUUGUGAAGUUGAUUAAGGAGAAUAAGCUAGAUGCAGUGGUAACUCCUGGUCUAUAUAUUACUAGCAAUCUUGCAAUUGGUGGAUUCCCUGGAAUCACUGUCCCAGCUGGAUAUGGUAGUAAGGGUUUUCCUUUUGGAAUUUACUUUGCGGGAUUAAAGGGCUCAGAGCCGAAGCUUAUAGAGAUUGCAUAUGGUUUUGAGCAGGCUACUAAGAUUAGGAAGCCUCCUUCAUUUAAGCUUGAAGCUUUAUAAGAAUGAUUAGUAUCUGACAUUGAACUCCUUGAUCCAUGUUAGCAAAAGAUGAUGAACAUAGCCUAUUGCCAAUAAAAAGACAGUUAUUGUUUCUACUUCUGUUUCAAAUCAAUUUUAUCUAAUAAAUUCACAAGUCCACUCGGUUGAAAUAUAGUUCACCCCAAGAGGAUCUUAGUUUACUUACAUCAAAUUGCAGAUCUGAACCUAUAUUCAACCUCUGCAUACUGCUCUAGAAAGUUUUUUUCUGUAAUACUUACAUAUAUAGUAUAAUCCUUUUUAAUAAAACUCGAAGCUAGGAGGAAAUUUUGUAUAUGGAAAAGUGAUACAACUGU